UUUCCGUGGUUUUCAUUGAGUGGUUUUGUCGUGAGGAUUUGCAGCAGAUUCAUUCAUGAUGGCGGAGGACAGCGAGUCCGCGGCCAGCCAGCAGAGCCUCGAGCUGGACGACCAGGACACCUGCGGCAUCGACGGAGACAACGAGGAGGAAAACGAGCACAUGCAGGGGAGUCCUGGGGGUGAUCUUGGUGCAAAGAAAAAAAAGAAGAAACAAAAGAGAAAGAAGGAGAAACCAAGCUCAGGAGGAGCCAAGUCUGACUCUGCCUCUGAUUCUCAGGAGAUAAAGAACCCUGCCAUUCCAAUGCAGAAACUGCAGGACAUUCAGAGAGCUAUGGAGCUCCUGUCCACCUGUCAAGGUCCAGCCAAAAACAUAGAUGAGGCCACUAAGCACAAGUACCAGUUCUGGGACACUCAACCCGUGCCCAAACUCAAUGAGGUGGUGACAUGUCAUGGGCCAAUAGAGCCGGAUAAAGAAAACAUCAGACAAGAGCCAUAUUCCCUCCCACAGGGCUUUAUGUGGGACACACUGGACCUCAGCAAUGCUGAAGUGCUUAAGGAGUUAUACACUUUGCUGAAUGAAAAUUAUGUUGAGGAUGAUGACAACAUGUUUAGAUUUGACUAUUCUCCUAACUUUCUGAAAUGGGCCCUACGUCCCCCGGGUUGGCUGUCCCAGUGGCACUGUGGUGUCAGGGUCUCGUCCAAUAAGAAGCUGGUUGGGUUCAUCAGUGCCAUUCCUGCUGAUAUCCAUAUCUAUGACACGUUGAAGAGGAUGGUGGAGAUUAACUUCCUGUGCGUGCAUAAAAAAUUGCGCUCAAAGCGUGUCGCUCCAGUACUAAUCCGAGAGAUCACACGGCGGGUCAAUUUAGAGGGAAUUUUCCAGGCUGUAUACACUGCUGGUGUAGUGCUGCCCAAACCCGUUUCUACAUGCAGAUACUGGCAUCGCUCUCUAAACCCCAGGAAGCUUGUGGAGGUUAAGUUUUCCCAUCUCAGCAGAAAUAUGACACUACAACGGACAAUGAAGCUCUACAGAUUACCUGAUAGCACUCGUACUCCCGGUUUGAGGCCGAUGGGAGAUGGGGAUGUGAAGCAGGUGACAGCAUUGCUGCAGAAACACCUGAACAAGUUCCAGCUGCGGCCUGUUAUGGGGGAAGAGGAGGUGAAGCACUGGUUCCUACCACAGGAGAACAUCAUUGACACUUAUGUAGUCGAGGGCUCUGGCGGGAUGCUAACGGACUUCAUCAGUUUCUACACCCUGCCAUCCACAGUGAUGCAUCAUCCACUGCACAAAAACCUGAAGGCUGCUUAUUCCUUUUACAAUGUCCACACAGAGACGCCGCUCAUAGACCUGAUGAAUGACGCUCUCAUUCUAGCCAAACAGAAAGGUUUUGAUGUUUUCAAUGCGCUGGAUCUAAUGGACAAUAAGACUUUCUUGGAAAAGCUCAAGUUUGGGAUUGGCGAUGGUAACCUGCAGUAUUAUCUGUUCAACUGGAAAUGCCCUCCCAUGGACCCAGAGAAAGUUGGCCUUGUUUUACAGUAACUGGCUGCUUCAUGUUGGAUGCUGACUGACUGAGAGGUCCAUCUCAAAUUCUCUGACUUGGAUGUAGUCAAUUUAAAGAGGAAAAACUGACAUCCAUUCAAAGUGAAUGAGUUAUGUUGUGCAGCUCUCUUAGGUCUUGUUCCAGUUACCGACGGGUCUCCCCUCCUUUCUCUUUGUCUUUGACUCUCUCCGAGAAUGUGAGAAACAUUUAUCAAGGUCAAACACAUCCACAAGCUGUAUACACACACACACACGCAUACACGCAGUGCUGUUUAUUUUCCUUUAACAUGCACUCUGUAUCCUCUCACAGAACAUGUUUUAUCCCAUUGUUUUUGUCUUUUUGUUCUGUAUUAUGAAGGAGUGUUGAUACAUUUGUGUGAAUUAGCAAGCUGUACAUUUAAUGCCAGUUAUUUAUUACGUGUUGUGAGGUUUACAAUGGAACAUGAACGGUGGGUCGAAAUCCAAAGUCUUUUCUAUGGAGCUGCCUUUAAAGUCAUAUAUACCGUGUGGAGUUCCUGCUGUCUGUGCGAGGGGAUGGAGGGGGAGCUUAAAUGGUUAAAUGUGUGGAAGAAUGUAAUGCAUUUUGAAGCACAACAUCAACUUGUUUAUAAAAGGGCCAGAUUGCUCUGAGGUGCAUUUUUAAGAAUAAUGUGUGUUAGGUUGUUUGUGUCCAAAAGAAACAUUUAGAAUUUUGAAUGUAAAUUAAUUUACUUUGUUUCAUGAAGACAUGAUUGUCACACCUUAAGUAGCUUAUUUUCCCCACCUGUUCGUUCUUUACCAUUUAGUGUUUUUAAAUUAUUAUAAUUUUAGUGAAGCAAUUCUGAUAUUUAGAAUUGUAUUUAAGUUACAUGUUUCAUUUUAUUCUUGAUUUUCUUUUUUCUUUCAGUAUUCUCUGCAGUCAAACUAUAAGCUCUUUCAAGCGGUGCAUUUGCGAUCAGGCCCUGGUAAUUUUGCUAUACUUAAGCACAAGGAGAGUUAAACAAUCGUCUGCAUUGUCAGUUUGAUAUGUGCAUUUCUCCUAAUGCAUUUUGUGAUGCAGUCAGGAAAGCUUGCUCACUGUUCAGUUACAAUCACUGGUGAGGCAUAAAUAAAUGUGAACAACGUUAUUAUAGCAAAAGCUGAUUUUGUGUUAAUACGGCUUAUCUUGUCAUGGUUUGCUUUAAUGUAUCUGAAUCUACUAUAUGCUUUUAAAUAAGCGCACGUCCAGACAUGCUUAAAAAGAAAGGUACUCCUCUCAAAGUUCCACAUUUCAACCGGUGGUUUCAUUCAGUAACGUCCAGGGCACUUUUGCGAAUGUCAGUUUGCGUACGUUUUUCCUAAGGCUUGGCUUGCUGUAUGAAAUGAGCAUGAAACUUUUUUUUUUUUUCAAUCUGUAUGGUUUAAGAACUAAUGGGUUAUGGUUAGAACACCCGAAGUACUUGCCUUAUUUCAGAGAGGUUGUUUUUUUAUGUCAAAUUGUGUAGUUUUAAAUGAUCAGCUUUCUCAAGACAGUAUUUUUAUUGAAGUCCAUUGCAGGUUGGAACUGAUGGGAAAAGUACCAGCACCAUGUCAAACAUGACAGUCCACCCAAAUAUCUGAUUGUCAAAAAUAUACAUCAAGGUAUACCAGCAUGGAUAUUUGACUGAAUAAAAGCAUCCAAAAUACAAAACAUAA